GCGCAUGCUCAUCAGUGGCCGAUCGGGUCCGGGAUAUCUUAGUGCGCAGGCUCAACAACAAGCGGUCAGGUUUGUAGGAGGACCACAGCUCCCGGCAUGCAGUGCGGCAUCUGUGUCAGAUAGGCUGGGCCCUAUCCGUCUUUGGCCGCGGGCGAGGAAGGGCGCGGUCGCUCCUACUUGUGCAACCCGGGGCUGAGGCGCGGGUGGAGGCCUGCGACUCCUGCGCCCUGAUGUGGGGGGACGGUGUACGUCCACAGUGUGUGCUGUCCGUGCUAGGAUGCCCUUAGUCUCAGACGCCGCCUGGAAGUCUUCUACACCCGGGUUUUCUCAAACUUCAUUGCACAGCGAUCCCCGUCUGACAACAAAAAUUACUACAUGACCCCGGGCUGAGCUCUGCUGCUGCCCAGAGGAAAGUCUGAGCCUGAGCCCACUGCCCCAGGUGGUGGGGAGGGGCAAAGCUGAAAACCAAGGGCUUCAGCCGCAGACAGGGGGCCUGUAACAUGAGCUGUGCUGCCCUGGGCUGAAGCCCUUUGGUUUCGGCUUGGGCCCUCAGGUAUUGGGCUCGGGCUUCAGGUUCAUCCCUUGGCAGUGGGGCUUGGGCUUUGGCCACAAGCCCUAGCAAAUCUAAGCCAGCCCCAGUGACCCCAUUAAAACUGGGUCGUGACCCACUUUGGGAUCCUGACCCACAGUUUGAGAACUGAGGUUGUACUCUGAAGUGUGAAGGUGCCUGCAGUUUGCCCACAGCCUGGUGCUGAGUUGCUGACAAGGGUCCCUCAUUGCUGGUGCUGUUUGUUUAAAAACAUUGCAGUUACCAUUAUGUGAGCAAAGUUGCCAAUAUGAGAGGAAAGUCGUCAGGGAUAGUUUUCUGAAGAAAUUGGCAUCUGACGGUGAUGAGACAGCUGUGUAAAUUCUAGGGGACUUUCUCAAUGUGCUGAGAGAGAAAAGGGAGAAAAAAUUAGAGUCUACAUAAAGCACAGAACUCCUUUAGCAGCCCCUAUGUUCUCUGCAUAUCUGAAAAGGUGUGGCUCCUUCUGUUCCCCACCCCCACUGACACUUUUGUACAAUUUCUGCCCUUCAGAGCUUCCCUCUUUUCUCCUGCUUUUUUCCCCAUUUAUCUCAACUCCUAUCACAUGCAGGCUCCUCUUCAGCUCCCUGCCAGCUGUAUCUUGUCUUUCAGGAGCACUUGGUUCCAGCUCCUUCCCUUGUUGUAGAUAGCUGAAAGUGGGUGAGGAUUGGGUCUUCCUGCUGAUGAGAGAGGAGAAGCAGGCAGGAGGCUGCAGGAACAGGACAGCUUAGCUAUAGGAGAAAAGUAGCUCAAAGAAAAAAGGCUGCCUAAUGCUGUCACAUAUUCCUGGCUGGGACACCAGUAUCGCUGAAUGACGGUUGAAAACCCUGGACUGUUGACAGCUGUGGCCUGACUGAUCAAGGGUGUUGGCCACAAAUGCUGAAGUCUGUGUAAAGUGCCACUUUUGUUCAGUUUUGACAUGUUAUAAUUUUGCAUUAAUCAGCUUGUUUUAAUUUUACAUAUUUUUUGUUUGAGAAUUCAUCUCUUUUAACUCUUUAAGAAUUGGUUUUUCAUUGCAUAAAUAUAGACGUAUCAUACUUAGUCCUAUUCCUCUUUUUGUGCACAAGGCCACAUUACACUUUUAAUUAUGUUCCUUUUGCCAGGGCUACAAAUUAAGAGCCAUAUACUACAGGGGAUCUUCCAAUGGUAACAAAAGAAGGUUUGCACAAAGAUUGUGAGUAGUAUAUGGCCACUAAAUUUUGUUAGUAAAAUUAUUAUUACAGUAGGUAUCAUUUGGCUGAGAAAAAUGUUGCAGGAUGCUUUUAGGAUCAUGACUAUUUCUGUCCUUUGAUUAUUUGUUUAUGCAAUUAGCCAGGUUGUGUGUACAGUUGCAGUACUUAUACGUGCAGAUUAGGCAAACAAUUGUACAACUGUUUUUGAAAAUUAUUAGCCUUCAUUAGGAUAAAAAAAUAAGCAUUUCAUGGGGGUAGUUCACACCUCUUUUGCACCUGCUCUCUCAGCAUUCUAUUGGUUCAGAUUUUAUUUAUCAAUUGAACCAUAAAGACUAGAAGCAUCAGUGCUGUCUUCUUUCUUUGUUUCCAUUCUGCAGGAUCUGGAUGUGUAUUGAAGUAAGGGGUGUGUGUAGCUGCACUCAGCUAAUGAUAUUUGACUCUUCUUGAAGUAAUACUUGUGGGCUAUACCUUUCCAGCUGGGAGAGGAUUGAAUCAACAAUAUAGUAAUAGUACUAGAACGUGGAACUCUUGAUUCCUGUUCAUGUUGUCUGGUGAACUAAAAAUACAUAGAUUUCUGCUUCUCCUGGUCUCAGAGUUCCGUUUUCUUGGCUUUUGCACACCAAGCCAAUUUCCAGAUUUUGGUUAUAUGUCUCAAAUGGCAUAUGUGCAAGUGUUUGGUGUGAAAGAUGAAUAUUAAAAGCACCAUGUUUAGUAUAGAAGAAAGAACAUAAGAAUGGCCAUAUUGGGUCAGCCCAAUGGUCCGUCAGGCCCAGUGUCCUGUCUUCCGGCAGUGUCCAAUGCUAGGUGCUUCAGAGGGAAUGAACAGAACAGGCAGUCAUCAAGUGAUCAUCUCCUGUUGUCCACUCUCAACUUCUGGCAGAAAAAACAAAACCAAAAAGUUGUGAUAGGAUAAAAUAAAUGUCAAAACAUACAUUCAGAUAGUUUCCCAUUCUUUGACUAGUGUAAUAAUUUUGCUUCUGAAAAAUCUGUUUGUUCAUAGUAUACACUUUGAUUGCAAAUUCUACAUAAUAGAAAUUGCUGUUCUCCCCUAGUGUGUCUUGCUGUAGUCUAAGUGAAAUUAAUUAUAAAUUAAAAGAUGAAGUUCUAAGCUUAUUUUGGUUGAUUGGGUCCUUGGAGAGGAGAGAGGGUUUAUUUAUGUAGGAUAGAUGCAGUUAAAACAACAAAGAAGUGGAGUAUUACCUAUAAGAAGAAUGGGAAAAAUAAAAAGGUUAUCAAAAACCAACAAUAGACUCUGGAUGGGACAUGUAAGAUUAUAUUUAUAUUAUAUUCAUUCAGAAGUGAACUAAAUAACUUUAUUUAAAUGAUAAAAUGCAUUUUUAUUCUGUUGAAAGAGACAAAUUGUUCGAUACCGUAUAAAAUAAUAAAACCAAAUAUGGGCCUCAUGUCUAAAACACUACAUUACAAUUACAGCCAUAUUAGGUGAUCCAGUUAUUACGCAGCUUCAUUUUAUGGUAUAAAUAGGACUUAACAUAUUCUCAGAUCUGGGUUUCUUUUGAUCUGUCAAUGAAGAUGAGAGCACAAGUACUGAUACAUGUAUGUUUUUUACUUAUGUAAAUGCUAUGCAAUUUAGAUACAGCGCUCAGGCUCUUGGCAAGUUGCCAAACAUGACUGUUGGGAAGUGUGGAGGGGGAGAGGGGGGUCCUAAAGUUUUGUAUCUAUUUGGUUUAGCACGUAUUCUGGCAUGUUAAUUUGUUGUAAUUUUCAGGUUAGUAACCUGAUUAUUUAGAAACCCAUGUCAUAGAGUUUAACACUAGAAGAGACUACCAGAUCAUCUAGUCUGACCUCCUGUAUAGUGAUCUGUAUAUCACAGGCCAUGUAAACCAGUUGUCUGGAAAUGUGGCCAUCUGCACAACAAUCAGAUUGUUGUUCCAUAUUGUUUACUGUUAACUAUUUUAACUCAGGUUAUAAACAUAGAUUUUAGUUGUUCAUAGACUAUCAGGGUUGGGAGGGUCCUCAGGAGGUCAUCUAGUCUAACCCCCUGCUCAAAGCAGGACCACUCUCCAAUUUUUGCCCCAGAUCCCUAAAUGGCCCUCUUAAGGAUUGAACUCAUAAGCCUAGGUUUAGCAGGCCAAGGCUCAAACCACUGAGCUAUCCCUCCUCCCUGUUUACAUAUUGUAAUAUGAUAUAAUACAAAUGUUAAAUAUCAAAAUAGAAGUAUUUUAUAUAGUAUUUCAAUAAAAUGCUUGCUACAAAAUUAUGUAACCAGAAUUUAAUCUGAAUUUAUUGUGGUGUCUAGCACUAGAAAAACAUGAAAUACAAUGCACUGUGAUUGUGAAGUAGAGGAUAGCUAACUUUAAAAUGUGUAAGAAUUUGGUGCAUCAUGUCUGUCGAUGAGCAUACUUUAAAAAAAUUUUAAUCAUUGGAAGUAUAGACAUGUUUUUUUUCUCUCUGUAUUUCUGUCUCUGCAUUUUUAAGAAUUUAAAAUGUUUUCUGUUGGUUUCAUCUUAUUCCUUCAUGUUAUAUCAUUAAACAUAUUUUAAAAAGCUGUAUAAAUAUUGCUUUCGUGGAUCCACUGGAUUGAAGAGAAGUUAAAUAUUUUUAUUUUGGGCAAUGUAACUUGUAAUGGUCUGAUAGUUGAUAUGACAGUUUGUGUUUUUCAGUUUACUUACUAUCUUGGUUGUUCAAACACUUCAGAAUAAAUGGAUCCUGAUCAAAAAGAAGAAGAAAUGUCAUCAGAUAAAACAGCUAAGGGAAGUUGUAAAAAGGAUGCUCAGAAAGCAAUUCUGAAGAAGAUCUCUCAAAGAAGAGAAAGUGCUAGAAAAAAGUUGACUGAAGACAGUGAACAUGUUAUUAGGCAUCAAACAGAAAAAUUUGUAGAUCAUAAUUUCCAGGAGGAUGUGGCUGAUGUAGAAAAACAAAGGAGUGUAACUGAAGCAUUACGAGGUAGAGUAAGAGAGAAACUGAAAACAUACAAGGUAACUUAUUUUUCUUGGACUUGUAAUUUAUUAAGUGAAACACGCAACAAGCUACAUUUUUUGUGUGUGCGAAAGGCUGAAAGUUCUGUCAAUUUAGAAAACUUUUCUGCUGUGCCACACUGUUCAGAGCACCUCCAAAAGUUAAGUACAAGAUCUGUAAAAGUGGUUGUACAAGAAGAAAAGUCAACAGACAAAAGCCUCUCUGAUACUAAAAUAUACCAGAAAAACCUUGAAAUAGAAAUAUUAUCCGAUGACAGUUUAGCAUUUUUUAUCAUGACUGGUGAAGAAGGCUCAGAAUUAAAAGAUUUGGACAAAAGUACAUACCAGCAUAAAUUAAUACAUGACAGUCAUCGAAACCUUGAUGUCUUGAAUGAUGAAAGUAGUCCUCUGCUUGACAUUGUGGAAGAAGUUUUAUUGCCGGAUGUGCUUGAAGUGAAAGCUGCUGAAUAUGAAUGCAAUGAACUGCGGAUUAACAAGCAAUGGGAACAUCUUUUUGUGCCAAGCAGUUCUCCAGUGGUUCACAGCUUUAAACUACCAAAAGGCAUGAUGCCACGCAUCUUAGAAGAUGAAGGAUUGUAUAUUCCAAGAAAACCAGAAACUUGUAGGAGAAGUUACAACAAAAUGGAAAAUCGUCUUCUGAAACAAGAAGGGGGAAAAAACUGGUUUGAAGAAAGUGGGGAAAUAAUUUCAUUACCUUCUCCAAUCAAACAAUCACGAAACUUCAGAAAAUGUUUUCCUCUUAAGACUGGUCCAGGAUUAAAGACAAUAUACAAGAAGGCAAUGCUACCUGAAUUGGAAAGCUGCAUCAUAACUAAAUCAGGGGGUCAAAGAGAACUUUAUCAACUAGAUCUCAAUAUAUCAAGUUUAUUGUUCAGCCACCAUCCUCUUUUCAGCCAAGAACAUGUGUUGACUGCUAGGUUGCUCCAACUUUAUGAAUGCUUUCAGAACAGACAACAGCAUAAUAUAGCUCUCUUGCUAUCUGAAAAGCUUAAAGCAUUAAUAAAUGCUACCAAAAUAGUAGAAAGUGGUUUGGAAGCAAGCCAACCGAGCAGGAAAACUUUAGAGGACUACCAAUGGCAAAUAAGAGAUACCAAGAAAUUGUAUGACCUAGAACACCAAAAAGAUAUUUCUUUAAUACAUAGUAUGUUAAAAGUCUGGAAACAAAUAAAAUCUGUACGUAGACAGCAAGACUAUACAAGUACACCUGUAAAAUUACAGUUUCAAAAAAGGCUGACAAAGAAAAAUGAUGAGGAUGAAUAUAAGGCAGGAUUAGCACAAGAUGCUGAAAAAGACAGCGGGCUGGAGGGAGAAGAUAAUAUCGAUAAUCCUGACAAUAUUUCACAGACCUGGGGAAAACAGAAGGGAUGUUUGGAUUCAGCUCCUCCAUUGGCAAGUUCAGCACAACUUGCAGAGAUAAAGGAACCUUUUUUCAUGCCACAUCUCACUUUGACUGCAGAAAUAACAGCAAUGUCGAAGUGUCCCAUGUAUGAACAGAAGAGAAGAGCCAAAGUUCAGAGGCAACAGUAUUUUAUUAAAAUAUUUUACAAUGAAAAACAAGUCUCUUGCACUUCAGUAGCUCCCCUACAGAUGGAUUUUAGAGUAAUGUUUCAGCAAAUUUUUAGUAUUCAGUUAUUAAAUUGGCCCGAGUCUCUUCGAUUGGAGAUUUGUGAAUCAGCUAAAAGGACAAACGUGUUGGCCAAAAUAUAUUUACCUAUUCCUGACAAUACUGUACUGAAAAGCAAAGGUGUAUUGGAACAGGCGGAAUUUAGCUGUGACCAGCAAGUUAAACCCAUAAAUGGAGAAGUGGGAAGCAAUGUACCUUUUCUUCUGGAUGAAAAUGAAACUGAAGAGGUGUGUCUUUUGACAUCAGGAAAACUAAUGUAUUCCUUAUCCUGGGCAGUCGAUGAGGGAGGAAUUCCGUUAGCCCCUGAAUCUCAGAAAAUAAUCUCUGCUUGUUACAGUGUGCCAAGAAACAUAAAUGCAGAAAUAGCUACUGGACUCCUGUGGUUCACUGACCGACAGAAACUUACUGAAUGGGCCAAAGAAGUCAAGAUUGAUCCUAAUGACCCUGAGUAUUCAGAUUUGAUGGAAUUCAUUAUGUAUGCAAGAUCCAAGGAACAAACUGUGUCAAAAUAUUUUCGUCUUGAACAGCUGCAAGAAGAGUUUAACUUUGUUACUGAAGAAGAGAUUAAAAAGUGUAAACGUUUCCAGCUGUUGCAGCUUAGGAACUCAGAGCAGUUCGAUUUCUGCCAUUUUCGGCAAAUACCACUGUAUGAUAGAGAGAUACCAGAUGCAGUCAUUCAGGAAUAUGAAAGCCAGUUAGAAAAGGAUAUAUCAAUGACAGAUGUGGAUCCUAUUACUGCACAAAGGAUUAGGUCUGCCAACUUUAUAAGGAAGAUGAGAAAACUAAUUUUAAAGCGACUUGUCAAAGUUAAGCACAAAUUUAAUUUAAUGGAUAUUGUGAGCGAUUAUGAAGAAAUUAUAUCUAUGAGCCAAUUGAGGAAUGCAGUUUUUAAGCUAGGUGAACGUAGAAGACAUUUAAAGCCGCAAAGAAAAGAGAGGAAAAAAGUUCCAGCGCAGACGGUCUCUGAUGGAGAUCUUAAGCUUCUUAUCAGAAUAUUGAGAGCUUAUAACAUUCCUUCAAGAAAUCCAUCAGUUACUAGACCUGCAGGUGUUCAUUCGCCAGCAUAUGCAAUUAAUAAGCUGUCCCGGAGUCAACAUCUACUAUCAGGCAAGUCAUCAUACACAUCUGAUCCUCUAAGUGAGGUGAGUGUGUGUCCAUUUGUAGAAGUUUCUUUCCAGCACACAGUUUAUCGAACUAGCACUGCAGAUGGAUCUCAUCCAUGCUGGAAUGAAGAACUUCAAGUGGAUUUUAUAUCACCAGGACAUGAUUAUAGCUUUUCAGGACUGUCUAAAAUAAAAGACAAUAUAUAUGUCAACAUUUUUGAUGAAGUUAGGAUGGAAAAACAUGAGGAUACUUGUCUUAAGGGUUGCAGUGGCCACUCGUAUAUAAGAAAGAACUGGUUUGGAUCAGUUACUUUUCCUUUUUCUGCUCUUCUGGAACAAUCAAAGAUCUGUGGUACAUUUCAAGUAAAUACGCCACCAGUUUUGCUUGGAUAUACUUGGAGCAAGACCUGUGUAUCUCCUACAGAAGAGCAUUGUGGACAGAAUUUAAAAGAAUAUACCUUUUUAACCAUCUUUGCUACAAUUGAACCUCAGCUAUCUUCUGUUGAAAAUGAUUCAGAAUCAGAUAAGUUUACAGAUCGUGAAGAUGAAACACUUUUACAAAGAGCAUGCAUUUUUAAAAAAAAUUGCAAGGCAAAAUUUCCAAAAAGAAGAAUAACAACCUCUGUUUUUGACAAUGAAGGAAGAAAUACUUUAGUAACAAAAUAUAUUAGGGCACUAAAUCCGCCACAGCUGCUACUAGAUAUGUAUCCUGAUGAUCCUAAUGCAACUUUUGAUCUUAUUUCUCGAUUUGUGUCUUUAAUUCCUUGCGUAUCAGAUACAUUGAAUGAAAAUGCUGAUGUUGAUGUUUGGAUGACAUCAGAGCACUGCAUCAAUUUGGCUGUUGGAAAUAAAGAAGAGCAUGCAGUGCUUCUGUGUAACUACCUUCUGUAUUUUGGGAAAAAAGCAUGGGUACUGUUGGGAACAUCAGUGUUAGAAGGAAAAGUGGCAUAUGUAUUAACUCAUGAAAAUGAAGAAUAUUUCCUUUGGAAUCCCUUGAAUGGACAGUGUUAUAAACAGUUUGAUACAUUUUGUCCCUUACAGAGUGUUGACUGCUUAAUCAAUUGGGAAAACGUCUGGUUCAAUACACAGCAAAACAGUUCACCAAUGUGCGUAAGUUUUGAAAUUUCAAAGGAAGGUUUUUGGAGACAAUUUCUACCACACAAUUUUCAAUGCAUAAAAACACAAACUGUACAGCCAAAAGUAAUACUUUACACCCCUACUAAUGGAAGCAUGGUAGAAGAACUACAGAACAGGAUCGAAAAGACCUUAAAAAGUAAAAUAAUGGAAUGGCGAUUUCAUCAACCAACUCGGUGGCAUCGACAAUGUAUUGCUCUUCUACGACAAAUUCUUCCCAAGCUAGAAUUAAGAAAUAGGAGCUUUGUUACAGACAAAGAAGAAAAUGAAUUGGAAAGUUUACUGGAACAUUAUUGGGUGACAGGAUACCCUAUCCAGAUGCCAUACACAGAUUUAUCAUCAAUAAGCGAGGCUAUGUAUCAAACUGGCAUUCAUUCUUCAGAAAUCCCCAAUACAGAAUUUGCUCUUGCUGUGUAUAUUCAUCCAUAUCCAAACAACAUCUUAUCUGUAUGGAUCUACUUAGUUUCUUUGGUCCGUCAUCAGUAAACAGUGUUGAAUUCAAUUAUAAUUAAACUAAGUUACUACAUAUUACCUCUCAUGGUUUAAGAUGGUUAUUUAGGCAUGAGAAGUGGGACACAAGAAGCUAAUAUUAUACCACAAGAGAUAAGCCAGUACUAUUUAUUGUACAUUAACAGAAUCUUGUUACUGUAGAGAGAUUGUAGCUUCUAAAAAUUCUAAUUAGAUCCAUUAGCUCUAUUAUAAAUUGACCUUAUCAUUUUUGCUAAUUUCCCAAUAAUCUGAGACGAGCAUUAAACUCCUGUAAAUCAUUAGAAUGAUCAUAUUUAGUGUCCAGAGAAGUUGUUUAAAUGAUUUCUUGGGGAGUAGAGAGUAAACCCUUUGAGGAAAGAUCUUAAUGGGUUGUUUUAUAGAAGUAUUAGAAUUUAGGGUCUUGCUGCCUCAACACAGUGAAUUUCAAACAUUCCAAGAGUAACACACAGUUGAUACCAUUACUUAAAUAAGGUGCUGUAGAAUAUUGUGGAAUGCAUAUUAAUGUUUAACUGGUAGAGACACAGUAGUUUACAAUGACGAAUGUGAAAGUUGUGGAAUAAAAUUCAAGUUUGCAACUUUAA